AUUUUCCUUAGAAUGUGUUACUUUGCUGAAACCGUAUUCAAAGGCUGGGUCAAUUGAUCUCCUGCAAGAUACACUUGAAGGUUAAGUAACUACAGAUCUCAGCUAAUCCCGUGUAAUCUGCUGUUACUAAAUGGCUGUUUGUAUUCCAGGCACACCAGUUUCUGAAUGCUUAGGAUUCCGUUUUUACCUUUUGUUUAAAUAACCUCUAAAAGGAGCAAUGCAUCUCUUUGCAUGUCUGUGCAUUGUCCUUAACGUUUUGGAAGGAGUGGGCUGUUCAUGUCCUUCACAAUGCACCUGUGAUUAUCACGGCAGAAAUGACGGCUCAGGAUCAAGGUUGGUGCUAUGUAAUGACAUGGAUAUGAACGAGCUCCCUACGAACCUCCCCGUGGACACUGUGAAGCUUCGCAUAGAGAAGACUGUCAUCCGCAGAAUCUCGGCGGAGGCCUUCUAUUACCUGGUGGAGCUCCAGUAUCUCUGGGUGACUUACAAUUCCGUGGCCAGCAUUGACCCCAGCAGCUUUUACAACCUGAAGCAACUGCAUGAGUUGCGCUUGGAUGGGAAUUCCCUGGCUGCUUUCCCUUGGGCAUCUCUGCUGGACAUGCCCGUUCUGAGGACCCUGGACUUGCACAAUAACAAAAUAACCAGUGUGCCAAAUGAGGCACUCAGGUAUCUGAAGAACCUUGCCUACUUGGAUUUAUCAAGCAACAGACUCACCACGUUGCCACCAGAUUUCCUGGAGAGCUGGUCUCAUUUAGUUACAACACCUUCUGGAGGCCUGGACCUUUCCCCAAGCAGGAUUAUUCUUGGUCUACAGGACAAUCCUUGGUUCUGUGACUGUCGUAUUUCCAAAAUGAUCGAGUUGUCAAAGGUUGUUGACCCUGCUAUAGUGCUUCUGGACCCACUGAUGACUUGCAGUGAACCUGAACGCCUCACAGGAAUUUUGUUUCAGCGGGCUGAAUUGGAGCAUUGUCUGAAACCAUCAGUGAUGACCUCAGCCACCAAAAUCAUGUCUGCUCUGGGCAGUAAUGUUCUACUGCGGUGUGAUGCCACUGGCUUCCCCACCCCACAGCUCACAUGGACCAGAUCUGACAGCUCGCCAGUUAAUUAUACAGUAAUACAAGAAUCUCCAGAGGAAGGAGUCAGAUGGUCCAUAAUGAGCUUGACAAGCAUUUCUUCCAAAGACGCUGGGGAUUACAAGUGUAAGGCCAAAAAUCUGGCUGGGAUGUCAGAAGCUGUGGUUACUGUGACAGUGCUUGGCAUUACCACAACUCUGAUACCACCAGACACUUCUGAAAGAACUGGAGAUCAUCCUGAGGGGGAUGCACAGCCGGGAUCUGGAAGAUCUACAUCUGGAUCUAGCGCAUCAUCGUAUCCUUGGUCCUCUUCCUUCUCCUCGACAUCUUCUUUUUCUGCUUCUACUUUGUCCCCUCCCUCUACUGCUUCCUUCUCUUUAUCUCCUUUCUUCUCCUCCACUGUUUCUUCAAUCACAACUCUGAGCACAAGCAUCUCAGCCACCACCAUGGCCAACAAGCAAUCAUUCCAGCUCCACCCAGAUGGGAAAAGAAAUUUAAAGGCAGCAAAGAGUGGAAGUAAGCUUCCUCCAGCCAGCACAAGUAAGAAAGAAGAGCUGGCAUUGUUGGAUCAAACAAUGCUUACGGAGACUAAUGCCACAAUAGAAAACCUCAGGGUGGUCAGCGAGACUAAAGAGAGUGUGACAUUGACGUGGAAUAUGAUCAACACCACACAUAACUCUGCAGUGACUGUGUUGUAUUCCAAGUAUGGUGGGAAGGACCUGCUGCUGUUGAAUGCAGACUCCAGCAAGAACCAAGUAACCAUAGAUGGCUUGGAACCUGGUGGGCAAUACAUGGCCUGUGUCUGUCCAAAAGGAGUGCCUCCCCAGAAAGACCAAUGCAUCACCUUUUCUACCGAAACAGUAGAAGGAGAUGAUUCUCAAUGGUCUCUCCUUCUCGUGAUGACCAGUACUGCCUGUGUUGUUGUCUUACUAUUGAUUUGUUUCUUGUUGUACAAAGUUUGCAAACUGCAAUGUAAGUCAGAACCUUUUUGGGAAGAUGAUUUGGCAAAAGAGACUUAUAUCCAAUUUGAGACCCUGUUUCCCAGGUCUCAAAGUGUAGGUGAGCUCUGGACACGAAGUCACAGGGAUGACUCAGAAAAACUGCUGCUUUGUUCGAGGUCAAGUGUGGACUCUCAGGUGACUUUUAAAAGUGAAAGUUCCAGACCAGAGCAUUAUUGCUAAGGUUGUGCAGCUCAGGUGCAUGUUUAAUAAAUGUACAAUUUAUACCCUUAAAUUAGCAUCUAAGGGCAUAAUUGACCCUAGGUUUGGAUGACUUUUGGACAGAUUUUCACAUUGUGUGUGAAAAUCACAAAUGGAAUGCUUUUAAGUGUGUUUAAAAAAUAGGAUGGGACCUCUGAACUGAAAAGACAAAUAACGUUGAUUUUUUUUCUUGUGUGGAAAAGGUCUACAGAAAUAAUUUUUAGAGUGUUGCUUACUAAAUUGUUAAUACUUUUUAGGGUACUGUUUUAGUUCUUAAAAAUAAGUUCAUAUGAAAGUAGCAAAUGAACUCUGUAUUUAAAAAUACAGUUUUUUGAGUAACGAGGAAACAUUAGCAAAACCAGCUAAGCCUUGAUGUUUAUUCAUGUUCGAAGUGCAUUAUGGCAUUUUCUGUGGACGUUUUCUGACGUUGCCUAAUGGAGAGUGUGGGAUCACAAAGGAUUUUUCGUUCACUAAGGUUAAAUCUAACUCAUGGGGGAGGGAGGGCUCUGUCUCUUCAUACCAUUAUACAUUGUAAUACUAUAGAGUUGUGUUCAUAUUGCAUGUAAGAAAAAUUUUUGCUUUUCUUUAGAAAUAUAGGUAUUAGUAAAAGUAAGUAUACAAAGAGGAUUAUGACAAAUAGACCAUUUCUUUAAAAAUGGUAACUGUUGCAUUGAAACAUAUCUGCUGACAGAUAAUAUGGAUAUUUAAAAAUAACUUUAAAUCAGUCUUUUAAUAUUUUGCUAUUUGCUCUUAUUUUCUCUCUUCUUUCUUCCUUCCUGGUCUUCCCUCCCUUUCCUUCCUUCAUUCCUUCUUUCUUCUGCUUUGUCAGAAGAUAUACAAGUGGCCAAAGAAUCACAAGCCAAGCAGUUUGUCUUCUGCCAUAUUAUCUUUUGAUUUCUGUUGAUAAAGAAAAAGCUUUUGAAAUUACUUACUGCCCUUUGAAAGUCUGUUUUAGAACCCCAAAGGAUAUUUGAGGAUUUUGAAAGGGAAGCCUCAGUAGAUUCAUUUGGUUAGACUCUUUUCCUAGGUUAAAAACAUCGGGGAACUUAAAUACAUAGGAAAGGAGUUCAUAAAUAAAAGUUAGUUUUUUAAGAAAGGGAAUAUUUUAAUAACUGUAGUGUACUAUAAGAGACAUCUUGUGGCUUUAAGAUUAAUGAUAGUGAUAAGACCCACUCAAGCAUCUCACAGGGCUGAUAUUACAUGCAACUUAGCAGGAUGCAACCUGACCCAGGGAUUUCCAGGAGACAAGGCCACCUCAGCACAGAUGCAACUUUCAUAAAUCUUAGAACAAAGCCUACCCUUACUAGAUUAAACCUGCUCUAUGAAAGAAACACUUGGUAAUUGACCCAGACUGAAUACAUGUAUAAGAAAUGGGAAAGAUCUCCCAAACUCUGAGAAUGGUCCUCAAAUAGAAGCCCUCCUAGUCAGUUGGUCAUCUGACCUCUGACUAUAUCCGGCCCAUGACACCAGCCAACUCCUGCUUUCCUUGAGGAUGAAAUUUAAGUAAGUCAAUGAGUGACGACACCCAUUUCUAUAGGAGGAUCAAGGGAGAGUGGCCAGGGCCUGGCUGUGAUCGAGAGAUUGGGUGAGAUCUGAGGAACACUCUACAGUGGGUCUGGCAGUUUUUGUUCUAUUUUCACAUCUGUUGCUGCCUUCUACCUUCACUUCAUGCCUCUGUUUUGGAGGUAGACACCAGGCAAAAUUUGCCAAAAUUACUUGUAAGACCACUCUGGUCCCACAGGAAGGUGGGCUCCUAGGAGGAGGGUGGUAGGAAUGCUGUAAGCUGGGGGACACCCUGGGCUUGAAGAGCCACCCACCAACUGGUGUGUCUCUAGCCUCAGGUAUGGGAGAGGAGCUCCCCGUCCCCAAAGGUCCUGGCAUCAUGACCUCACAGACCAAGAAGGCUCAAGUACAGCUUCUCCACAGAAAGCUUAUCUGUUGCCCGCCAACCGGGGAAAGAGACUUCUCCAACAGACCCCUGGUCUAAUGCUGUUAGCAAAGUCACCAAAUCACCAACAGGCCUGUUGCUGCUAUCUCUGUUCCUCUGCAUGCUCCCAGUGAGACAGUGCAGCUUCCCCAGGGCUUUACCACCCCUACAAUGCCUACUGGGUGCUGCUGGCAGCAGCCCAUGUGCAGCACAUCCAAAUCACGGGGCUCCCUCACCUCAGAGCUGCCACUCUGCACCUGGCUGACCUGGAGGCCUGUGAGCUGCUGUGUGAUCAUCCUGAGUGUGCCAGAUUACCCCCAGUGGCACCACAGGCAUUGCCAGUCACCUCCUGGCCACAGUUAAGAAAGCAGCUGCCACCUCCAGAAACAGCUAGGGUGAGGAAGAACAAAUCCCAGAUCCCAAAGCAAGCACUCUCUCUAGCAGGACUGGGUUAGUAACCAUCAGAGUUGGUUGUUACAAAGUGAGGUUCCUCCUUGUCUUGGCUCCCUUUGGCACACUCUGCUUCCUUUUCCAUUUCUCUGCCAUGCUGUGACAUGGCAGAGGCCUCACUGGAAGCUGGUCAGAUAUAGUGGGCAGAUCUUUGACUCCUAGGCCUCCAGAAUUGUGAGCCAAAGUAAACCUCUCUUCUUUAUAAAUUACUCAGUGUCCUGUUCUGGUGACUCUCCCUUACUCCUGUCCAUUCUGUUAUGACCACAGAAAACAGACUAAGGAAAUUCUUAUGGAUAGAAGAUGCAUUCUUACCUUAAAUCUUAGAAACCUCAGCAUAUGAGGGUUUUUUUUUUACCUUAUUAGGUCAGGAACUUUCACCUUUUCAUGUAAAGGAAGCAGUUGACGGCUUCUUUUUGGCAUAUCCAAGUUGCCUGUGUCACUAUUCUUGUGCUUUGGGACCACUGUCAAGUAAAAUAAGUAUUACUGGAAUGCAAGCACCGUGAUACCACAACGGUCCAUCUGAUAACCAUGGUGCCUCCUAAGUGACUGAUGGGCGGGGAGUGCAUGCUGUGGAUCCUCCAGACAAAGGAUGGCUUACAUCCUGGGUGGGAUGGAGCAGGAUGGCAAAAGAUUUCAUCAGACCACUCACAGCCACACCUCCUGGAAACACUCAGAGCCCUACUAGCGCUUGGCAGCCAUAUGAAACGGACAAAACCUGAAACUCUAGCUUGAUUGGACCACCUCCAAGAUCAACUUAAAAUUUAUGAAUUGUUUAUUUGUAGAUUUCCCAUUAAAAAUUUUCGGACUGUGGUUGAAAUUGGGUAUCUGAAAACAUGGAAAACAAAACGUCGGAUAAGGGGGUACUACUGUAGGCCCUUUGACACAGGCAGAAAUUCGAAGCCCACUCAAACACCUCAUGCGGAGGCCCAACAGGAAAGGUGCCACCUGGCUGUACUGUGCGUACUGAACAGGAAGGGUCUACAAUUCACAGGCCAAGAAUACAACAGCUGGCAGCUAUCUCCAAAGAUGGGAAGAUUGAUUUCAUUACUUAACGAUCCUGUCAAGUUUAUCCAGGAAGCACAGUCAGGUGGGACUCUGGACCCAGAGCAGGCAGGCGUGACAGAAGCUACUCCUGUGCUCUGUUGCAUUGACUGUUUAUGGCCUGGCAAGCACCACACUCCAGCAUGAGCCUCCUUACAACCAGGGCUGAACUGAAAGUGGAUGAUGUACCUACCACAAAGGAAGGAAGAGAGCUAUUGAGACAUUUAGGUGUGCUCCAGUGGGUUUAUACACCUUCCAUCUUCACAGGACAGAGGCAACACUCAUAGCCCUUAACCCCAACUUGAGUCUAUCUGGUCUAUGAGGAGCUACCUCAUGCACAAAAGCUUCUCUACCUUCACCUCACAGACACAUUUUGGGCCCAGGCACUGCCUGUGCACCUCAUAUCAGGAUUACAAGGGCCCCUGCCCCAUCAGGCCCUCUUGGACCAGACAUAGACUUCUCUACCUGCUGGAAGACACCUUCACCGUUAAUACCCAGGAUAGCCAUGGAGACUGGCCCACCCACCUCGACUAAUUGCUACCUGGCAUUUGCCUAGUAGGCCACCCCCACCUCAGUUUCUAUGGCCUGCACCUCCUGGAAACCUCAGUUGUGCUGGGCAGCCAUCUGGGAUGGACAAGACCUGAAAUUCUGGCUUCACUGGACCACCUCCAAGAUCACACUUUUGCAUCUACAACAUCCUCCAGUGCAUAGUGUCUGCAGACAUUACUGCUUAGUUCUGAGUUCUCCUGGUCCUCCUCUUCCAUUCUGGCCUGUCACUGCUCUGCAAUUAAGCAGCUCCAAGCCUGAUACUGCCAAGUCCAUUCAACUCCUUUUAUAUCCCUAGAGCCAUUUUCCAAGCCCCAGUGUGCCUGCUGUCUUUCACUGCUCCAGGUGGCCCGACAUUUCACAUCGAGAUGUUGCUUCUUGAGACCUAUUCACUGAUUACUCAGCACUGAAGUCACUGACAAUUUCCACAACAGGGUCAUUUUGGUCACCCACUGAGUGGCCAAAUCUGGCUUGCUGACCAUCCCUUCACCAACCUUCAGCCACUUGUCCACUCUUCACAGUCAAGCCCUGGUUACUGUCAACUGCCCCUCCUUUGCCAUUGGUGAGACUGCCACAUAUCCAUGGUGAGACUGCCCCCAUCCAUGGUGAGACUACCCCCUAGCCACGGCUGAACACUGCUCUCAUGAUCUCCCCUAAUUGCUCAACUGGAUGCUGGACUUGCCAUACCCCCUCUGCCGAUGCAGUUCAACUCCCACUAGGUGGUUCCAAGGAUGCCACUCAUUCCUGUCUUACCUUCAUAAUGUGCUUUCUGCAGGACAUCCCAAUGCUGAUUGGGGUAUCUGGACUCACUGGCCGGGCACCUCUCACCUGGUUGCCCAAAGAGGGUGUAGAGGUCCUGUUCUGGUGACUCUCCCUUACUCCUGUCUACAGUCUCACCUACCCCCUUCUUGGAUUCUCUUACCUCUACCCUGACAUGGGUAGAAGUCCCGCUAGUGUUCUGGGCCUCCUACCGCUUCCCUUUCUUGAUGCCACAAGCAUGCA